CAUGAUCAGAUGUUCCAAUACAAACCCACCCUUUCGUACUCACUUCGCACGUCCAUAUUAUUUCCUAUUACAAUUAGUCUAUAUAUACACCUAUAUGAAAUUUAUAUAUAUACAUAUCCUAGGCCACCAAAAAUAUAUGUAUAUAUAUAUAUAUAUCCAAAUUAAGAAAAUCAACGAAAUCAAGAAGCUGUACUCAAUGCUAGUUUCUUAUUAGUUGUUUUACGCGUUUUUUAUGAGUUUUUUGGUUCUAAUUUCCUUUUUAAACCAAAGAGGCUCCAUUUACCCUGAAUUUUAGGGUUUAACAGUUAUAGUUAUUAUUAGUAUUAUUUUGUUCUUUGAGUAAGAAAAUUUGAUUCGAUUUAUGAACCAAAAAAAGUUUAAGUUUUCUUUUCUUUCUUUUUUCUUUUUUUUUUUUUUUCCGUGGAAGAUUCAUUUUUUGUUCAUUUUUUUGAAAGAGAUUCAUGAAUUGAGAUUAAAUAAAGUUGCCAAUUGCCGGAGCCGCUCGCCGGAGCCAUUUCCGACGUGUUUGUUUUAGCGGCCAGGCAUGAGAUAAUUUCGAAUUUUGGGAAUCAAGGGCUUUUUAUUUUCAUGAUUCAGCCUUAAGGUAGUUUUUUUUUUUUUUUUGGGAGCCAUUAUCGUUGGUUGUAAAUGUACACCCCAUCUAAAUUUGUAAAUUAAAAUCGAAUUGAAAGCAUUUGGAAAUAACAUUGGGUGGGAUUUUAUAUAUGAUUUAUGUUAAUAGUAGAUGAAAUUUCAAGCCUUUGGAAAUGGACAUUGGGAAGUAUUAAUAAUAUUGUCAUUUAUUAUUUUUUUUCUUCUUCUUAUAGUUUUGAAGAGGUUCAUUUUAUAUGAAAUUAUAUUGUGAAUUCAUUUUUAUUUUAUUUUAUUUAUAAUUGCUUCAUUCUUAAUAUUUUGAUUUCAAGAGUUUUAAACCCACCCAUUUCUCUCUAUUUGUUUAGGACAAGAAAAUGACAUUCAUUUGUGUUGUGAUUGCUUAUUUAUGUCUAUUUAGAAGAUGAAACAGAGAUGUUAUAUCGAGCUUUACUAUCUAUUAGACAUCAUGAAUUUCACCAUUAACUAAUCUGUUCAUUUUGAAACUGUAUGCUCCUAUUUCUAGAUGCAUGAAAUCUGUUUGAUGAAAUGUUUCUACUGCACAAGCAAUCAACUCACAAAUCUAUGUUCCUUUCCUCAAUUUUUCCAUCCCACAAUGCAUAAAGUGAUAUGUGACAUUUGACAAAUCUGAGUCCUCUUAACUGGGCAUGUUUCAGAUAUGGACUUGGAACAUGGGAAUGAAAGCAGUGUGAAUUCAGGAACUCUUCUUUAUGGGGCCGGAACCAGUGUGAAUUCGAGUGGGAGCAGUAAAAAUUUCGAGGUUCUUGAUGGGUGUGACAGAAAUAAAUUCCCAAUACAUAAAGAUGCUAUUGCUAAUGAAGACAAUAUAGUUGUAGGAUCUUCAAGUGCCUCACCUUUCUCAUUAUCAGAUUCCUCAAUUGAUCUCUUACAGUUGAACAAAAGUGAAGAUAUCAGUUCAAUACCACGUGUCGCUUCCCUCAAUGAACAAAACGGUGAUGCUCAAACACCAGAUAAGUAUGAAGAAAGCAGUUUUCUUGAUAACAGCUUGUCUAAAUCAGAAGAAUAUGAGCACAGCUCUAUGGCUUCCACAUUGACAUUUCAAGCUUCAGAUGUCGCCCAAGAUUCCAUGAAACAUUUUAUAUCAUUAACAGAAUCCCCUCCAAUCCAAACAAUGGAAAGGUCAGAAUAUGAUCCUAUGAGGAUUCCAUCCUCCGUGUUCGAAGGAAAUAAAUCCACAACACCAAUGGAAUGGAGUGUUGCUUCGAACGAGUCGCUGUUUAGCAUUCAUUUAGGCAACAAUAGUUUCACCAAAGAACGUUUAGUAAUGUUAGGUGGCAUGUCUGGGGAACUGACCAAAUCAGGUGAGUUACUCAUGUUUAGUUCAACCCCUCCAGCUCCAUUGAUGGAUAUUGAGAAAAGGAAUUGUGAAGAAGAGAAGGAUUCUGGAGCUGAAGAAGUGACUGUUAAAAUCAACAAGGAUGCAGAAACAGAAUGUACAGAAGAUCCAAGUUUGAGGAUAGCACCCACAGCAGUUUCCUCAAUCUCUUCAACCCUAUCCCGUCGUGCUGAUGGAAGUGUAACCAGCACACGCUCUUUUGCCUUCCCGGUAAAAAAGAAGAAGUGUGAGUGGAAGUGUGAAUGGAAGUGUACAUGGACAUCGUGCUACUGUUGUAAUUGUAGCAAGGCGUUCUGCUUUAUGAGGCCACUUUGCUACCGUCCGAGAUGUAGCUGGGCGUUCUGCUAUAGUUGGAACUGUAGCCUAAAAAGAUGUUGUUGUCAUUCUCAUUCCAUGAUGUCAGAAGAGUUGAGAAUUGAUUCUGAGAAGGUAGAAUCUGAGGUUUGUCCAAAAGAAAAGAAGGUAGAUUCUGAGGGGCAGCAUUUGGAGACGCCAAAGCCAACUCCCACUGCCAACCAUUGCUGUCCUGUCUUGUCUUGGUUCUCAUGGUGUUGUUCUUGUCAUUCUUGUUGUUCGUGUCAUUCUUGUUCUUGUCAUUCUUGUUCUUGUCAUUCUUGUUAUUCUUGUCAUACUUGUCGUUCUUGCUGUUGAAAAAGUUAGGUCUUAGAGAUCUAUACAAGACUUGUUGCAAAUCCACAUAUCAGGGUGUCCCCUCAAAAUACAAUGCUCAUUGGUUAGCAGUUGGUCUUGAUUUCCUAAUUCUUUGCCAGAUUUGGAUGCUUCCUCUGUUUUCCUUACCUGUUUGAGCAUCCAAACUUGUGAGAAAAUUUACUUGAAUUAGGGGGCUGAUGGUGGGAUCAUGUGCAAAAUGCUGGAUGAAUUUGGUGAAGAACAAGUAGGUUAAUGCUUUUUUUUUUUUUUUCCUAGUUUUAACGAGGCUUUUUAACUUCUUGCAGCUGUAAAUUUGAGUUGGAUUUAAUGAUUGAUUAGUUGAACUUAAUAG